AUGGUUGGCGACAACUAUUGUUCUGCUUCAAGUCUUAUAAAAGAAUUCCCUGUUAAUUAUAACAAAUGCUAUGAGAUAUCAACUGUUUUUGACGCGGAGAAGAUGGUGAACGGAAACAAUGAUCACUUUAUUAUUAAAGAAGUCGAAGGAAGUAAUCUCAGAAGCUUUCAAAUGUAUUUGACAAUGUCGUCUUGUGGUCUUACUGACGAACCCACUCUCUUGGAAGACUGUAUUAACUAUGCUUCACUCGACUCAUAUUUGUACAAUUAUAAAAUCACCGAGGGAACUCUUAACGACACUACCACUAACACCGCAACGUCGUCUGUUCUUCUCGUAGUCUCUUUCUUCGUCGCUUUAUUGUUGUGA